UAGAGACAGAGAGAAGUUGAGAGGAGAGGGGGAGACAAGGAGAGAGAGACAGAGAGACACUUGCAGUCCUGCUUCACCACUUGUGAAGUUUCCCCUUUGCAGGUGGAGGCCAGGGACUUGAACCUGGGUCCUUGUGUACUAUAAUGUGUGCUUUUAACCAGGUGUCCCACCACCUGGUUCGGCCCACUGUUCUUUCAGCUAACACAGUGUAUGCCUGCCUGUGCUGUCAUUUAGGCAGUAUCAGUGUUAUUUUGUUCUCUGUGUACAAAUAUAGAACUGAGAGCGAGUUCCCAGCUUGGGAUGCUCUGGGCAGGAAGGCUGGGGGCCCAGCUUGGGUCUGACAGACUCAGUCACCUGGCUUGUCUUCUUGGGUUGAGAGGAAGGGAGGUGGAUCCAGGCGGCAGUAGGUCUUUCUAGGGGACCUGGGUGAGGCUGCCAAAGACUCCAGAUGAGCUUGGGAAACACCUCUUCUUGCCUACAAAGUGGCAGAGGCCAGCUCUGGAGGCAGAGUAGACAGACUCAAGCAGCCUGGAGAGUGGGGGUGGGGUGGUGGUGGAUCCUGAGUCCCUGCCACCUUGUCACCACCUGGGAGAACUGAGCAUCAGCUCUAUGGGGGCUGACAGACUGGCCUGUGGCAUGUAGAAAUGUAGCAGCCCCAGAGCAAUUUGAGAAGAGGAAAGAGCUCAUUUGCAGCAGUUUCACUAAAUGUUGGCUUGCUGCAAGUAUGGAACAUUUUAGUAGGCAUCUCCUGAUCUCGGCACAAACAUAGCAACAUAGCAGUGGUUUCCUAAACGCAAAGCAUAAAUCCUUUGGCUGUUCUCCCACUCUGCCCCGUGCCUCCACGGAGCUCCUUCAUCCAGAGUCCCCUAGAGACCUGCAUUCGUGAAGGUUGGUUGGGGCCCAAAUCCAGAGUUCUCUGGCCAGAGUCAUCAAACUCUGUGCUCCUCUACACUCAGGACAGGACAAUUACAUGUUUCCCUUAGCUUGGGGGAAAGAGGCAGAAAAGUGCUGCAGAGAAGCAUCUCCUUGGCCCACAAGGGGGCGGUCAGAUGACCUCAUUAGAUUUUCCAUUGCUCACUGUUGUGAUGACUCCACAACAGAGGGAGGCUAGCCUGAACCCUGCACAGCCAAGACCCCAAAGCUUGGAGCACCCCCACUCUUGCCACUGUCUGGAUAGGGAAGCCUCAUGGCUCCACAGGGAGCUCUUUCUUGAGUCUUGGAGAUCCACUUCUUAGCUAUUCUCUCUCUGACCAGGGCCUGACCCUCUGGGACCUUUGUUUCCUUGUUUUGAGUGCUUACAGAUGUGCUCCAAGAUCCAAAAUAUCUGAUGAGAGUUUUGGGCCUUAUGGGGGGGGGGAGAGGACAGCAUCCACAGCUCAGCCCCCCAACACACACAUCAGAGAGCCCCUCCCACCCCCUUCCUCGCCUUGCCAAAGUCAAAGCCAACGUAUCCACAUUUGAUUUUCACUGCUAACAUUUUUUUUAUUCAAGCCACGAAUCCUCAAGUUACUUCCUUUGUUGGCAAUCUGUAAAGUGCAGUAUUCCCCAGUGCCAGUGAAUUGGAAAUUUGAGGCAUAAGCUAAACCAGAAAAGAGGGGCUUCUCAGAAUGGUUUAGCAGGUGAGAUCCCUUUUCUCCAUAAGGCUUUAGUAUUGCUUUCUUUAAAAAAAUUUUUUUUUAUUUGUAAUAAGGAGAAAGUAUGAGACCAGAGCAUUGCUCAGCUUUGAGAUGUGGUGGCGCCAGGAAUUGAACCUGCAGUCUUGGGUAUGAAAGUCUGCUGAGCUACUUCUGCAGUAUCCCCCCCAGUUUUAGCUUUUUUUUCAUUUUUGUACCCCCAUUUUUCUUUUUCUUUCUUUUUUUUUUGGUCCCAUUGUUUCUGGCAGGAAUAAUCAGGGAAAGCAGGAGACCUGGGUUCUAACCAAAGUCCUGCUGAGGCACCCCAGGUUUGGGUAUAUGUAUGUGGGAGGGGGUUGUCUGGCUGUCUUCAUAGGGGGCUUCCAGUUGGUCUUAGGGCCCUCAUCUCCACUGGGGUCUACUCCAGAGCAACAGUUUUCUGGUCUUUGAGAACUAAGGACCAAAAAGUCUAGCAAGGACGGGCCUGAUGUGUGGACAUCAUUGGGGCGUUCUGACAAAUAGGAGUGCUCCCUUCUCGCUCGUAGGAGGUGGGGGCUGAUUCAUUCUGAGCUUCCCAGAAGAAGACAACUCUGCCUUCAGCUGCUCAGUGGCAGGCUCUGCUCUGCCAUCAAGUUCCAGGACCUGGAACCCCCCCCCCCCCAUCAUUUACUUCAGUGCAAUACACCAUUCAGGUUCUGCUUUAUGUUUUCUUAUUUUUCAGCCUCUUUUUUCUUUCUUUAUUAUUGGUGAUUUGAUAUUGAUGAACAAGAUCGUGGGAUAAGAGGGGUGAAAUUCAUGCAGUUCUCACUACUAGGGUACCACAUCCCAUCCCCUCCAUUAGAAGCUUCCUUAUUCUUUAUCCCUUUGAGAGUAUGGACCAAAGAUCUCUGAGGGGCACAAAAAGUCAGAGUUUUGGCUUCUAUAAUUGCUUCUCUGCUGGACACGGGCACUGGCAGGUCAAUCCAUACCCUAGCCUGUCUCUCUCUUUCCCUAGUGGGGCAGGGCUCUGGAGAGGUGGGUUCCAAGACCAUCCUUUUUGAUAAAGCCAAAUGUAAUUUAAGUGUAUUGUGACAUUCCUUCCAUUUUGGUGUUCUGUGAUGAUGGUGAUUGACAACCUUAAACAGUUGUUAAUGUUGUUUGUUAACUGUUUAUUUGAUGCCAGUCUAACCCCUCUAACUUCUACCUACAUUUCCUGCUUGUGAUGACCUAGUAUGGCAGACACUGUAAUCAGCACACUUUACAGAUGUGGGCACUAAAGCACAAAUGGAUUAAGCAACACACCCAAGGUGACAUGGCUAGAACAUGAUGGAGCUGGGAUUUGAACCUGUGGUACUUGGACCACAAUGCAAAUAAUGAUAUGAGUGAGAGCUCCUGUGACUUGGGAUGCAAAAUAUAUAAUUCUACAGAGGCUACUACACCCCACUUAUCCACACCCCUCCCUCCUAAUCAUCCUGAAACCUAGCCUUUUAAUGUACCACUUCUCAAUUCUCUCAUGUUGGGAAACACGUAACAAAGAUAGGACAAGCAGUAAAAUACACUUAGAAGCUCCAGCACCAAUGUAUGAGCUGUGGAGAGAAGCUGGUAUAUGAGGAGACCAAUGCACCAGCAGAACAGCUCACCUAGCAAGUGCACCUGCUUUGCAAGGAGUAUGACCCAGGUUCAAGCCCAGCACCACUGCACUGGGGGACAUCUUGGUGUUGUGGUACUUUUCCCUCUCUGACUUUGGCUCUCUCUCUCUAAAUAUAUUAUUUAUUUUAUUUUAAUGAGACAAACACAGAGAGCCCGGAGUACUGCUCAGCUCUGGCUUAUGGUGGUGCUGGCGAUUGAACCUGGGACUUCAGAGCCUCAAGCAUGAAAAUUUUUUGCAUAACCACUAUGCUGUCUCCCCAGCCCUGUCUUUCUCUUUCUUUAUGAAAAAGUUGCCUGGAGUGGUGAAGCCCUAAUGACAACAACAACACAAAAUCUCAGGCCCAACAACAACUGGAGAGGUUGCUCAACUGGUAGACUAUAAGACUUACAUGCGUGAAAUCCUGUUUUCUCUCACUCUCUCUCUCUCUCUCUCUCCCUUUCUUUCUCUUUCUCUCAAAAGAAAUGAACACAUCUGGGAUAAAAGAAAGUCAGGUAUGUAGCUCAGUGCUUUAACAGAUAUGUGGGGUCCAGUCUGUUUGUGCAAAGCAUGUGGCCAUGGGCAGCCUACUGACCAACAGCUGAGUGCAUAUCUGGCUGUGUGUCCUGCUGCCCUGGAUAAGGCCCCAUUUGUGUGUUCUCUUCCCCUUGGACCUAGGACAUGUUGCUUGGGGCCUGGCUGUUUGGGGCCUGCCUCCUACUCCUGCCCAGACCCACCCAGCUCUGCCCUGCUGGGUGUGACUGCUUCCUGAGGGAGGUCUUCUGCACAAAUGAAACAUUGGCCACUGUCCCGCUGGAUAUCCCCCCGCGGGCCACGGACAUCAUCUUCAUAGAGACGUUGAUCCACACAGUGGGGAACAGGGCCUUCAGUGGCAGCCCCAAGCUCACCAAGGUGGUCUUCCUCAAUGCCCAGCUCCCCAGCCUGGGGCAGGAUGCCUUUGGGGGGCUGCCAGAACUGGAGGACCUGGAGAUCACGGGCACCACCUUUGCCAACCUCAGCACCGACAUCUUCUGUAACCUGAGCUCCCUGGCCCAGCUCACCCUCAACUUCAACCAGCUGGGGGACCUGCCUGAGGGGCUCUUCUGCCACCUGGAUGCCCUGCGCUCCCUCCAGCUGCAGGGCAACCUGCUCCAGACACUGCCCGCCCACAUCUUCCAGUCGCUGCGGCACCUGCAGACCCUGAACCUGGCGCAGAACCUCCUGAUCCGGCUCCCGGUGGAGCUGUUUCACUCGCUUGGCGGCUUGCACACCCUGCGGCUGAGUGACAACAGGCUCUCCAGCCUCCCUCUGGGCCUGUUUUCAGGCCUGGGGAGCCUGCGGGAGCUCUUCCUGGACAGCAACUCCCUGGCCGAGCUGCCUGAAGGUGUGUUCUCACAGCUUCCCCGUCUGGAGAAGCUGUGGCUGCAGCACAACGCCCUGCGCCAGCUGCCCCCCUCCAGCUUCUCCUCCCUACACAGCCUGGCCUUCCUGAACUUGCAGGGGAAUGAGCUGAGGAUGCUGCCUGCCAGUCUUUUUACCCAGACCCCAGGCCUGCUGGGCCUGUCUCUGUCCCACAACAAGCUGGAGACGGUCCCCGAGGGUGCCUUCGCCAACCUGUCCCAGCUGAGCUCCCUGACGCUCUCGCACAACGCCCUCACCCACCUCCCAGCCGGCGUCUUCCGAGACCUGCACGACUUGGUCAAGCUCUACCUGGGCAGCAACAACCUGACGGCGCUGCCCCUUAGCCUCUUCCAGAACCUGUCCAAGCUGGAGCUGCUCAGCCUCUCCAGGAACCUCCUGACCACACUCCCCGAGGGCAUCUUCGACACCAACUACAACCUCUUCAACCUGGCCCUGCACGGCAACCCCUGGCAGUGUGACUGCCACCUGGCCUACCUCUUCCGGUGGCUGCAGCAGUUCAGCGAACAGCUCUUCAACUCCCAGACCUUCUGCGCGGGGCCCACCUACCUCCGCGGCCAGGUGCUGCCCGCCCUGCAGGAGGAGCUGCUGGUGUGCCCAGCCUCCCUGGGUGGCUUGGACCUCCGGGAGCUGGGGGUGGAGAAGGCAGCCCAGAGCCGGUGCACCUACAGCAACCCCGAGGGCACAGUGGUCCUGGCCUGUGACAGGGCCCGGUGUCGCUGGCUGAAGGUGCAGCUGUCCUCUAGGCGGGACUCAGGCUCCGGGGACCUGGAGUUCAAUGCCACUCAGGAGUGGCACUUGAAGUCGAGCUGCGGCUCAGCGAGGGUCAGAGUGUCUAUUGAGAUGCUCCUAGGGCAGCCCUAGGUGUGGCUCAAGAGGUGGGGGUUGGGGGCCAUGCUGAGUCUCAGGAGGGAGGUUCCCUCCCCUCCUCUUUCUCACUACCAUCCACCUUGGAGAUCUAUCUCCUGAGCCCACCUGAAGCUGUGUGAAGUGCCCCUUGAAGCUACAUCAGGAAACAGAUGGGAACCAGGUUGAGGGAAGGACUUGCAUACCUGAGGCUCCUGGUUUGAUCCUUGGUGCUGCAUUUACCCAGGCGGUGCCCUAAUUUCUUUCUCUCUCUUGUGGAAUUCACUCUAUCUCAUGUGAAAUAAAUAAAU